GGCAGACCUGGUUGAAAGAAACCGCCAACCGCCAUUGUGAUUGAUUGAAAGUGAACCGGAGUGACUCGUGAUAAACAAAUUGUGAUAAGGAAGUCUUCUCGUCGCCACAUGAUGGCUCCAGCAGCAGGGAUGCCGGUGGACCGCGCCGGGAAGUGCGUCAUCCUGAACGCGGUGGAGGCCGAGGUGCGCCGUAUGCUGCCCACCUACGGCUUCAUCGUGCCGCCGGACCAGAUGCGCGGCAAGGCCCUCAAGAGGCUGGGCGUCCCGGCCAAGUUCGGCGGCCAGAUCGACUGGGAGAAAAUCGGGCAGGAUUUUGAACUUCGCGCGGCCCCUCUCCCCGAGGCUGCCCCACAGAGCGCUGCCGUGGAGAAGAGGUUCUUCAAGUCGAGGCCGUCCCGGCCGCCACGGCCGAAGCUCCCCGAGGACCUGGAGAAGCAGAUGCGCUGGGUGAUGCUCCACUCGGCGUCCAUGCCCCAGCCGCCGCCCGCGCCCAGGGUUGUGGCCACCUUGUCCAGGACCAAGAGCGUUGUCCGGGACUCGCCGCAGGUUCGCCGUACCCCCGCCCGCACCCCCGCGCGUACACCGGCGGCCACGUCUGCCGAGCUGCGCCAGAAGCGCAAGUCCGACGACCGCGCGACGCGGAACGACGGCGUGCCCCCGCCAACCAGGCCAGUCCAAGUCCAGGACGUCUCCAGCGUCCCCACCGCCACGCCGGCGCGGCACUGGCUGAGCACCAAACCCCCAGCUUCGCGGGACGUGGUCAACUUCACGGUGGACUUCUCGCGCGCCGAGCCGGCGCGACCGUCACGGAAGACUCCGUCGCUGAAGGACCACGCCGUGGUCUCCCCCGUGCCGGCGAAGCGCGUGUGCCUGUCGCCCAGCGGCGACCUGCUGACGCCCACACUGCCAGUGUCCGCGACCCUGCCCUCCUCAGCCACGAGCUCAGCGAAGCAGCCCUCCACGGCGGCGCCGUCCUCUGGGGUCCACUCCGCGGACACCGUCAGGCUGGAGCUCCCCGCCGCCGCGAAGACCCACGCGGACGUGGCCGCCGCCAGAACCGUUCGCAACACCCCCCUGGCCAGGGCAACCGGUGGUUUGACAUCACCGCCACCGCAGUCGCCUGACCUGGACGAGGCCCUUGGCGACCUGAUACAGGACGACGACGAGCUGGACAUUUUGGGCUCGGCCAAGGAGGCGACGGGGUCGCAAACACCCCCUCCGUACGUCUCCGACAACGAGGCGUCGUCCUCCGCAGGCUCCCCGCGGGCCGCGUCCAAAGCAUCACUCGAACCCGCCAACUCCUCCCGUGUGUCGGUCGGCGACCUGAGCUUCGGGGACUUCCUGGACGACGACGUCCACUACGUGUCCGCGGGCAUCGCGGCGGAGCGGGCGGAGCGGGCCUUGCAGGCGCCGGGGUCCCCGACACGGACACCACGUGGGAAGGUCCGCAGGGACCGGAGCCUCGUUGGCCUCGUGGUCCAGCGGCUCGCCGGACCCGGAGCAGCCAGGGCGGCGCCAGCACGCCGUGCAGGGGGUUGCCACAGCCCGGUCCGAGAAGGACUCCGACGUGGUGCCAUCGUCUCAACACCGCGAGGUUGCCACAGCCAAGUCCGAGGAGGACUCCGACGUGGUGCCGUCGUCACAACACCAGGAGGUUGGCACAGCCAAGUCCGAGAAGGACUCCGACGUGGUGCCAUCGUCUCAACACCGCGAGGUUGCCACCGCCAGAGCCCAGUCCGAGGAGGACUCCGACGCGUUGCCUCCAUCUCAGCACCGCGAGGUUGCCACGCCACGGCCCAGUCCGAGGAGGAGGACUCUGACGUGGUGCCAUCGUCUCAGCACCGCGAGGUUGCCACCGCCCAGUCCGAGGAGGACUCCGACGUGGUGCCUUCGUCUCAGCACCGCGAGGUUGCCACCGCCACGGCCAAGUCCGAGGAGGAGGACUCAGACGUGGUGCCGUCGUCUCAUCACCAGGAGGUUGCCACAGCCAAGUCCGAGGAGGACUCCGACGUGGUGCCGUCGUCUCAACACCAGAAGGUUGCCACAGCCAAGUCCGAGGAGGACUCCGACGCGGAGCCGUCACCCGGUGGGAUGUUCUCGAAGCUUCGUACGGCCGUCGUCUCGCCGAUCAACAGGACUCCCUCCGUCGCGAGCGGAGGGCGCAAGCGGCGCAGCGACAGCAGUCACUCCACCAGCAGCCGUGGCACGUCGCUGAGCCAGAUCAGCCACGCCUCCAGGCAGCUGCUGUUCGACGACGACAACAGCCAGAGCAGCAAGUCCAAGCGGCGGCUGCUCGACCACUGCGUCUCGCCGGAGGACGCCGUGGCUCCCGCGUCCCCGCCAGGCGGCGGCCGCGACUCCGCCAACACCUCCCGCGUGUCCGUCGGCGACGUCAGCUUCGGCGACCUCCUGGACGUGUCCGUCGGCAACGCCGGCUUCGCGGACUUGCAGAGCGCGGGCCACCGGGACACCAGUUCUCGUCCUGACACUCCACGGCGGCGAGCCCAGGUGGCCGCGCGCCGACACGUGCUCGAGUCUCACCUCAACGAAGCACGACGGGCGGCACGCGUCGACUGCCCCGCCUUGUUCUCCGCCGACGAGGCCCUCGCCCAGGAGACGGCCCCAGUGCACCAGACCGCCCCGCCAACACUUGCAGUGGGCCGCACUUCGUCGCCCAGUUCAACGGAGCAGUCGCGCAGCAGCGUGGCCAACCUGCGGGUCACCAUCGGCCAGCACCGCCUGCCGAGUCCGCCAAUCCCCAGGCCUGUCGCCCUGGAAAGCACUUCGGGCUCGGCGUCCACCGGCGCCUCCCAGGAUCGCGCUGCAGUGGCGCCUGCCCGCAGCCCCCGGCCCCCUCCGUCGACAACAGCGAAGCGGCGCACAGCUGCGAAAGUCAGCGUCGGGAUCGAAGCGUGGUCCGCUUUAUUGAGCAGUGACACUACUUCAGGCGGCGACAGCCCCGGACACCCUGGAAAUGGGGGCAUCCCUCGACUGUCAGGCAGUGCUGGCACUACUAAGCGCUCAGGAAGCGUCGGCAGCCCUAGCUACCCAGCAAAGGGUGGCACCCCUAGGCGCUCAGGAAGCGUCGGCAGCCCUAGCUACCCAGGAAAGGGUGGCACCCCUAGGCGCUCAGGAAGCGUCGGCAGCCCUAGCUACCCAGGAAAGGGUGGCACCCCUAGGCGCUCAGGAAGCGUCGGCAGCCCUAGUUACCCAGCAAGGGGUGGUACCCCUAGGCGUCCAGGAAGCGUCGGCAGCCCUAGUCACCCAGCUAAGGGUGUUACCCCUAGGCGUCCAGGAAGCGUCGGCAGCCCUAGAUACCCAGCGAAGGGUGGCACCCCUAGGCGCUCAGGAAGCGUCGGCAGCCCUAGUUACCCAGCAAAGGGUGGCACUCCUAGGCGUCCAGGAAGCAUCGGCAGCCCUAGCUACCCAGGAAAGGGUGGCACCCCUAGGCGCUCAGGAAGCAUCGGCAGCCCUAGAGCCCUUGGAAAUGGAGUCACCCCAAGACGCCCAGCCAUCGUUGGCACCCCUGGACGCUCAAGCAGCGGUGACGCUGAAAUUGGUGGCUCCCCUCGACGCCCAGGAAGUGGCACCCCUCGACGCCUAGGUAGUGGCACCCCUAGACGCCCGAGUAGUGGCACUCCUCGACGCCCAGGAAGUGGCACCCCUCGACGCUCAGAUAAUGGUGGCAACCCUAGACGCACGGGCAGUGUCGGCCGCGUGCAGAAAGUCAGUGUUGGCACCCCUAGACGCACGGGCAGUGGCGGCAGGGUGCAGAAAGUCAGUGUUGGCACCCCUAGCAGCAUGAGCAGUGGCGGCUUUGCGCAGAAAGUGAGGGUGGCCCGUCUUAGCGUUGUAAGUGGCAUCGCUCCGAUCAGCAGGAGUGGCGCUCCAACCGCACCGCGCCCCGCUCGCCAAUCCAGUGGCGCGGCUCCCGAGCGCCCCCGCCGUGCAGGCAGCCCCCACCCCCGCAGCGUGAGCGAAGCCGCCGAGGAGAGGUCGCCACAGCCCAAGACAAGCGUCAGCGAGGCCAAGAUCCUGACGCAUCAGCCCGAGUCCGGGGACGAAGACUACUUGUUCAGCGACAUCUCCCUGUCCGACAUCGAGUUGCCUGUUGAAGACGAGGCUGCCGAGGAGGAGGACGAGGCUGCCGAGGACGAAGACGACCACGGCGACACUGGUACUCCCGGUCAGACUCCGCAGGCACCGAGUCGGCCGACCACCCAGCGACCACCAGCGCGGCAGAGCGUCCACGACGUCCACGCCGACACGCCGCACCGCCCGGGGCAGCCGCUGCGGGUCUCCAAAAGGAAGAUCUCGUACAGUGGCGCGGUCAGCCCGCCGCCGCCACGCCGCAGCCCCAGGCCGCCGCGCGGCGCCGUCGCCCUCACGUCGUCGCAGGACAUCUCGUUCACCAGCUCGGGCAGGGACGUCUCCAUGAUGUCCUCCACGUUGACGCGCAGUGUGGGCAGUGGGCGCAGUCAUGGCAGCGUCGGCAUCGAGGUCUGGAGCACCAAGGACAACGUCUUCCGCCGGCCCGGCACCUUCCAAGCAGUCCGACAGCGAGAUUGAUUUUACGGAGUUUUAAUCAAAUUUUAUUUAUCACUAUAUCAGUUAUCACUAACCUGUUAUUGAAGUAAAAAUAAUCAACUCUCAUUUACUUAAGUUAUUAUACAAUCAUCUUUUAUUGUUUUUAAAGAAAAAAUAGUCAACUCUCAUCUGUUGUUAUAAAGUUAUUAUACAAAAAUCUAUUAUUUUUAUCGUACUUAACACCAAUCUAUUGUUACAGUUAUUAUAGUAGUUGACACCAAUCUAUGUAUUGUUAAAGUUAUUACAGUUAACACUAAACAGCCGACUGUUUUGUUUUCGUAGUUGACACCAGUCUAUUAUUAAAGUUAACUGCAGUUACCACUAAACA